AUGGACAAGUUUCGGAUGAUCUUCCAGUUCUUCCAGUCCAACCAAGAGUCCUUCAUGAAUGGCAUCUGUGGGAUCAUGGCCCUUGCCAGCACCCAGAUGUACUCAGCCUUUGAUUUCAACUGCCCCUGCCUGCCACACUACAACUUGGCCUAUGGGCUGGGCAUCCUCCUGGUGCCCCCCUUCAUCUUGUUCCUGCUGGGUUUUGUGCUGAACAACAACAUCUCCAUGCUGGCAGAGGAGUGGAGGCGGCCGCAGGGCCAGCGGGGGAAGGACCCGGCUGUGCUGCGCUACAUGUUCUGCUCCAUGGCACAGCGGGCCAUGAUCGCCCCUGCGGUCUGGGUGUCGGUGACACUGCUGGAUGGCAAGUGCAUCACCUGUGCCUUCUGCACCUCGGUGCCCGUGGAGAGCCUGGGCAAUGCCAGCCACCCCCGCCUCUCCCAGGGGGAGAUACAGCGGGUCCUGGCCCAGAUCCCCUGCAAGGAGAUCUACAACGGGCAGCAGCUCAUUGCCAAUGAAGUGGCCGUCAGGUACCUGCGCUGUAUCUCACAGGCUCUGGGCUGGUCCUUUGUGCUGCUGAUGACCACUCUGGCUUUCUUGGUCAGAUCUCUUCGGCCCUGCUUCAGCCAGGCUGCCUUCCUGAAGAGCAGAUACUGGUCCCACUACAUUGACAUUGAGCGCAAGCUGUUCGAUGAGACGUGUGCAGAGCAUGCCAGGAGCUUUGCCAAGGUCUGCAUCCAGCAGUUCUUUGAGGGCAUGAGCACGGACCUGGUGGCUGCUCGCUGCCACCUGCCCAGGAAAGGCCCUGCUGAUGCAGGGGAAGCUGCUGAGAAGCUCUUGGGCAUCACCGACCAGGGCACCAUGAACAUGGCCCUGAAGAGCUGGCACAGAUGCAAGCCCCCACUGCACCUCCACCCACCUGCCCUCCCCACGGGAAAUGGCUGGGCAGGAGAAGGACAGCCCCCCACGUACCCCUCUACACCCCGAAGAGAGACAGCUGCCUACUACAGCUGGGUGUGA